GACUUACAGUUAGUGAUUGCAUACAUUUUUCAUACCAGCCCCCUGUGGGAAUCGAACCCACAACCCUGGCGUUGCAUUCGAUUCUGUGAAUCGUUACACAAAUUAUAGUAGUUACUGUAUGCAGUUUCCCAUUUUGCAGCCUAAGUAGGCAUAUAAACAUAUCAAGACGAGGGCAUUAAUAUAUUAUUUGAGUGUUUCAAUAAAAUACUUACAUAACAAAAAAUAUAUAAUUGACAAUUAUUUAUUCAUAUAAUACAUUUCUUAUGGAGUCAUGAUUUGGGAGAUGAUGCCCCAAGAGUCCCCCCUCAUCCUCGCGCCUGCGCAGUAGGCCGCAUAUUCACCAAAUUGAAAAUGUUUGCCUCAAACUCUCGGAAGUUUAGCCAAGAAGUUACUGUGAUUUACCUAGCCAGCUAGCUGCAUAAAAGACGGUGCGACUAAGAUAAACUAGCUAAUUUUAGGGGGGGGGGGGAUAUAUAUAUAGAGAGAGACAUAAAGGAUUAUACAUGGAUUUAUAUCAAUUUUUAUUAUCUUGGGUUCGAAAACAUGAAUGGUAGCCACCUUUGGAAGAAGUUGUGAUUGUUUUUUUUGGCGCUCUAGUAACGUUAGCUAACAACGCAGAGGAAAGAUGGUGGAAUUGAGCUAGCUAACGCUAGCUUCAUAUGCGAUAGCAGAGCUAGCUAGCUAGGUUGCUAUCGUUUGUGUCUGAAAGGUUUGGAAGAACUGCCCACAUCCGUUUGCCAUACUCGCCCACAUCUUAUGUUGGCAUAGCAGAUAAAGAAAACAUGAGUGCUCCUCAGCCUCGGAGGAUGGAACCAGGGAUACUGGUGGCUGGAUCUAGACAACAGAUGGUGCUCUGAAAAAGCCAUGGGUAGCUGUUUAAGCUGUCCAGAGAAGGAGUCAAUCCCAGAUAAUCAUCAAACCAAAUUUAAGGUGAUAAACGUGGAUGACGAUGGGAAUGAGCUGGGCUCGGGCAUGAUGGAGCUGACAGAGGUCGAGCUGGUCCUCCACACCCAUCGCCGUGACGAUGUCAGGUGGCCCUACCUGUGCUUGCGUCGCUAUGGCUACGACUCCAACCUCUUCUCCUUCGAGAGUGGCCGCCGCUGCCAGACGGGACAAGGGAUCUUUGCCUUUAAGUGUGCUCGGGCGGAGGAGAUCUUCAACAUGCUGCAGGAGGUGAUGCACAGCCACAGCAUCAGUGUGGUGGAGGAGGCCGUGCUGGAGACCAACCACCAGGCCACACACACUCCUGCCGCUCUGGGCUACUCUGUUCCCACCGUGCACAAUGGUGUCACCCGGAUCCCUUCGGUGGGCGACGCCCCCUCGCACCCCUCCACACGCCACCCGUCUGUGGCCAGCACCCGCCUGCCCUCCGUGGGAGAGGAGUCUACACACCCCUUGCUAGUGGCUGACGAGGCGGUCCACACUUAUGUGAAUACCACAGGCCUGCUGGAUGACCAGCCCAGUCCUCUGACUGCUCCAGCCCCUCUGGACAGCCCCGACUCAGCCCAGUCCCAGUGCCCCCCUACACCCCCUCCUCCGCGGGUAUCCAGACCAGAGCCCCUACCCCCCCUGGCCCAGCUCCAGGAAGAACCCCAGGUACUGCUGGAGCCCCAGGGGGUACGCUUCGUGCUGGGGCCCACCCCUGUGCAGAAAAAGAUGGCCAAGGGGAAGCAUCAGACUGAGGAUGGAGAUGAUGAAGAGGAGGCAAGGGAGGACUCGAAGUCCCCGGAGCCUGGAGAGGGAGAGACUAACGGCCCCACAGACACCGAGGCCCCAGCCCCACCGGAGGGCCAGCCUCAGACAUCCUACACACACUCCAACGGCUCUUCUGCCUCUGUCGGGGCUCCAGCCACAGCCCCUCGCCGCCAUCUCCUGCCCCCCCUCACCCCUGACACCCUGCAGAAUGUCAACAACUCAGCCCAGCGGCGCACAGCCCUCCUGGACUACGAGAACCUCCCGGCCCUGCCGCCCGUCUGGGAAACCCGCAAACCCAGCAACGAGGAGGAGAACAACGGUGGACCCUGUGGUGGAGGAGGCCAAGGGGGGCUAAAGAUGUCCUCCCUCAACGGCUACAACCACCACCACCACCAACACAGCCUCCUCCACCACUCCUACUCCCACCCCAUGUCAGCCCACCCCCCUCUGUCGGCCAUGGAGCCCUCCCACAACUACGUCAACACAGAGAAUGUGACGGCCCCCCUCAGCGCCCGCUGUGCCCCCGACACGGCACGCCGCCGCAGCGAAGGACCCAUCGUGUUCAACUUCGACUUCCGCCGGCCGCUGGGUCAGGAGCCUCCCAAGACACUCAACUACAUCGAGGUGGAGAUGGAAACUACCACCUCUUCCUCCGCAGCAGCCAAGGGUGCCUCCUCGGACACCAGCAACCCCCACACGCCCACCUCACCGCCUCCGCCCACCACCCCCACGCGCCGCACCGAGCUCUACGCCUUCAUCGACAUCGAACGCACUGCUGCCAUGUCCAACCUGCAGAAGGCUCGGCCGCACGACGACGGGUCGUUGAGGAAAACGCGGCACAACAGCACAGAGCUGCCCACCAAAAGCACUGUCUGACUCUAACCUGAUCCUCCUGGCACCUUUUUCUACUUUUAACCCCUUUUAAAAAUAUGAACGUGAAGGCAGCCUACACAGGGGCCUUUGUUAUAAACACAGACAUUGGAAAUGCGAAGACUCCAGAAAGCGGUCCUAAAUGAGAUAAACACUUAUUGUUGUGUGGGGUUACCUGUAAGGGAAUUCAGGUAGACCAAAAUAGGUACUUACUUGCCAUAUACCAAUUUAUUCCUAUGGUAAUAUAAUACCUCUUCUCCUUCACCCAUUCUACAGUGCAAUUGGGUUGUUUAUUAUGUUAAUAAGACUGGACUGCAUUCCUCCUCACCCACACCCCCCCUACGGUACAAAUCAGUAUUACUGAACAAAGCAUUCCAUUUAGCCUUUUUAUAUGAUUCACUACAUGCUGCUGUAAUUUCAGUAUCUGAGGAUUACAUGGUACGCUACAUGUUUCUGUAUAGUAGAUUCUGGCACAAUAAAUGUCUGUUCUGUUUUUA